GCUGAGCGGUUCGUCAACGGGCCGCCUCUAUCAGCCGCUGCCGCUGCGCAUACCGUGCACUGUGCGGUCUCAGGGCUCCCCAGCCGGGGCAUGCCCCGCCAUGUUCGACCUAAACGGAGGCUGGAACCUGUCGUUUGCCGGGUGCGGGUUCUUGGGGAUUUACCACAUUGGAGUUGCCAGCUGCCUGCUGGAAAAAGCGCCCUACCUCAUCAAGGGGGCCACCAAGCUGUACGGGGCCUCCGCCGGCGCUCUGACCGCCUCGGUGCUCGCCAGCCAGGCAUCCAUAACAAAAUGCUGCGAAGAUGUGAUCGAGGUGGCGAAAGAGGCCAGGAAGAGGAACCUGGGCCCCCUUCACCCCUCCUUCAACCUGGUCAAGGUGAUCAAAUCUGGCCUGAAUCGGGACCUGCCCUCUGACGCACACGUCCUGGCCUCGGGCCGGCUGUGCGUUUCGCUGACCAGAGUGUCCGAUGGGGAGAAUGUGCUGGUGUCAGAGUUUGGCACCAAAGAGGAACUCAUUCAGGCGCUGAUCUGUAGCUGUUUCAUUCCCAUCUACUGCGGGCUGAUUCCUCCAUCCUUCAGAGGAGUGCGUUACGUGGAUGGCGGGAUCAGUGACAACCUACCGCAGUCCGAGCUAAAGAACACCAUCACCAUCUCGCCCUUCUCUGGCGAGAGCGACAUCUGUCCCCGCGACAACUCCACCAGCUUCCAUGAGCUGCGCUUUACCAACACCAGCAUCCAGAUGAACCUGGGAAACAUGUACCGCCUCAGCAGGGCCCUGUUUCCGCCAGAACCUAAGGUGCUGGCUGAGAUGUGUCAGAGCGGUUAUAAGGAUGCUCUACGCUUCCUUGAAGAGAACAACCUGCUGAUGCUGGAGCGUCCAACUGCUGGCCUCACCCUGCCGGAGAGCCAGCCCAACUGCUGCUGCAAUCACACGGAAACCACCAGAGAGUGGGUGCUCCGCAGGCUCCGCCUGCUGCGUAAACAGCACUGGUGGCUGGACGAGCAGAUCGCUCUGCCUACGCCCAUCAAGAAAGUGUUCUGCGAGGCCUGCCAAGACAAACCUGGCCUGUAUGCCAAGGUGUCCGAGAUGUUGCCAAUGAGAGUGGCCUCCUACAUGCUCAUGCCAUACACACUUCCUGUGCAAUCCGCCUACUCAGUGGCCCAAAGGCUUGUAGAGUGGAUCCCAGAGGUGCCAGCUGAUGUGAGCUGGCUGUUUGGGGUGGCAGGUGACGUGUACCGACAGGCCUGGAAAGGAGCACCACCCAACUCCAUGAGUGAGCCAUGCCUGAGGAAAUGCUUGACCGCGCCACCUCUACCUACGGAGUGUGACAGACCCGUGCAGAGAGACCACCUGCCCGCUCUUUCCUCCCUGGACCUCCACGGCAGCCACUGGGAGAUCCCCAAAUCUACCUCCUCUUCCUCAUCCUCCUCAUCCUCCCACCAGCAUUCUCACAUAGCCCCGUCUUCCCCGCAACAAGUCUGCUUCUUCGUUGGCUUGCAGGAGGAACCUCACAGCGGCACACAGCAGUAGAAUGAUGCACUGUAACAAUGAUGGGGUCAAAUUUCCACUCUGUGUUUGAGGCUGAUGGAUCAGUGGGUGGUUAAUAAUGGGAACAACGAGCAAUGGUGCAUAAAUGUUUUUAGGAAAUAGACAUUUGACUCUGAACACUCCAUACAGCACCGAGUGUAUGAUAUUUUAACAAGGGCUCUGGAGGACAGCGUCACAACUAACUCAGGAUCAUGGAUGUGUUUUAUGACCUGUUUUAAUGUACAGCACAGAAAUGUGUCUAAUUUUACUAACUAACUACAACUCUACCUACCUGUUAAUUAUAAAUAUACUUAAAAGUAGCAUUUAUUCCUUAUUCCAAUACAGUUAGUUGAAUCAAGAGUCCUUUGUCUCUCCACAAGUGGCUCUCUAUCUGUCUUUUUGUCCUUUUAAUCAUGUCUGUUGAUUUUUACUCUUACUCAUGUUGCAACUUCUGGCAGCCAUAUUGGAGGUCUGCCAGCCAAAUUUUUUCACAUACUUAAGGCCUUUUGCACAACGGGGACAUGAUGAAUAAAAAGUGGGAAAAUGCAAAAUACUGCAAAUGUCUUGCAUUAAAACUAUUCAUCCGAUUCGACUGUGACAGUUAUCAUCACGAAAAUAAAAUGCUAAAUCUACACACGCUUACUGUCAGGAUAUAGUGAAAGAGAAUAUUACAAAAAAUCUCUCUAUAAAAGUUACGUCCAGUAGCUUUAUUCUCGCCAGAAAGGGAAGUAAUAUUUCUCCAUUAAUCUGACCAGUUUUGUUUUUGUUUUGAGUAUUGCUACAAGCUGGAGCUCUGCCCUCUGCCCUGCUAAUUACUUUCGUGAGAAGAUUGUUGUAGCUAAUGGAAAUGACAAAAAACCCCAAAAUAGCUAUAAACUAAAGUGUCCUUUAACUGAAAUUAUGUCUAGAUAGUAGAACUCUAUAUAUUAGAAGAAAUCUACCCAAAAAGACUUUACCCACUGAUCACUCACAUGACUAACUAGUUGCAGUGUACUUGCAAGUAAAUGAAGCCUUGCUUGUAUGUGUAAAGCCAGCGACCAACCUCUGUGAUGAUGUGAGGCAGCUGCUGGGAGAUUCUCUGAAACAACUGCAAGGCUGUAGAGGUCAUUUUUGUGACUCAGUUUGCCAAAAUGAAACACUGUUGAUGACUGUGCUGAUGAAAAGAGUACAACCAGUGAUACUGUAAUAUCAGUGUCACCUGAGUUAAUGGUCUGACCUUCAACUUAUAAAUCUGUUUUAUGUCUCCUAUCACUUGAAUGUAAAGUUAUGUUAAUGCAACUGUGAUACUCUCUUAAGAUUAAAUGUUUUUAAAUUGG